GCGGCGGCAGCAUCACCGGCCGCCGAGGUGGCGGCGGCAGCGGCGACCCCAAGUACCCCGGGCACGCGGAGCACUCGCGGCGGCUCGCGGCGAGCCCGGGAGUGAUGGCGAGGCCCCCGCGGGCCGCCCGCGCCUGAGGCGCCCCGCCCCGCCCCGCCCCGCCCGGCCCGGCCCGGCCCGGCCCUGCCCUGCUCCGUGCCGGCGGCAGCCCGGGCGCUUCCUAGUCGGCGCGGGCGGCCGCCCAGGCGAGGUGCGGCCUCCGCGCGGGCCCGCCAUGGCCGCGUCCGAGCUCUACACAAAGGUACUAACCCUGGCCGAGUCCCCUGAACUAAAGCUGGCUUUAAUUAUCUACGGUUGGUUCAGUGCAAUGGUGACCAGAUACUAUGAUUUUGCCAGGGUUUGGAUACCUGAUCCCGAGGAAGUGUGGAAGUCAGCAGAGCUGCUCAAAGAUUAUAAGCCAGGAGAUAAAGUCCUCCUGCUUCACCUUGAGGAAGGAAAGGAUUUGGAAUAUCGUCUAGAUCCACAGACCAAGGAACUGCCUCACUUAAGAAACCCUGACAUACUUGUGGGUGAAAAUGACCUUACGGCCCUCAGCUAUCUUCAUGAGCCUGCUGUGCUCCACAAUCUCAGAGUCCGCUUUAUUGAUUCCAAACUUAUUUAUACAUAUUGUGGUAUAGUCCUAGUAGCUAUAAAUCCUUAUGAACAGCUGCCUAUUUAUGGAGAAGAUAUUAUUAAUGCAUACAGUGGUCAGAACAUGGGUGAUAUGGAUCCACAUAUCUUUGCGGUAGCUGAAGAAGCUUACAAGCAAAUGGCCAGAGAUGAACGAAAUCAGUCCAUCAUUGUAAGUGGAGAGUCUGGGGCAGGAAAAACAGUCUCAGCUAAGUAUGCCAUGCGAUACUUUGCAACUGUAAGUGGUUCUGCCAGUGAAGCCAAUGUUGAGGAAAAGGUCUUGGCCUCCAACCCCAUCAUGGAGUCAAUUGGAAAUGCUAAGACAACCAGGAAUGAUAAUAGCAGCCGUUUUGGGAAGUACAUUGAGAUUGGUUUUGAUAAGAGAUAUCGAAUCAUUGGUGCCAAUAUGAGAACUUACCUUUUAGAGAAAUCCAGGGUGGUGUUCCAGGCAGAAGAGGAGAGAAACUAUCAUAUCUUCUAUCAGCUUUGUGCCUCAGCAAAGUUACCUGAAUUUAAAAUGCUGCGAUUAGGAGAUGCAAAUAACUUUCAUUACACGAUGCAGGGUGGCAGCCCUGUGAUUGAAGGAGUAGAUGACGCCAAGGAGAUGGCACAUACCAGGCAGGCCUGCACUUUGCUAGGAAUUAGUGAAUCUUAUCAGAUGGGAAUUUUCCGAAUACUUGCUGGCAUCCUUCACUUAGGCAAUGUUGGAUUUACGUCUCGAGAUUCAGACAGCUGCACAAUACCUCCCAAGCAUGAACCUCUCAGCAUCUUCUGUGACCUCAUGGGCGUGGAAUAUGAGGAGAUGUGUCACUGGCUCUGCCAUCGGAAGCUGGCUACUGCCACAGAGACAUACAUCAAGCCCAUCUCCAAGCUGCAGGCGACAAAUGCCCGUGAUGCUUUGGCCAAGCACAUCUAUGCUAAGCUCUUUAGCUGGAUUGUAGAUCAUGUCAAUCAGGUUCUCCAUUCUGCUGUCAAGCAGCACUCUUUUAUUGGCGUGCUGGACAUUUAUGGAUUUGAAACAUUUGAGAUAAACAGUUUUGAACAGUUUUGCAUAAAUUAUGCAAAUGAAAAACUACAGCAACAAUUCAAUAUGCAUGUCUUCAAGUUGGAACAAGAGGAAUAUAUGAAGGAACAAAUUCCAUGGACACUCAUAGAUUUUUAUGAUAAUCAGCCUUGCAUUAAUCUUAUAGAAUCUAAACUGGGCAUUUUAGAUUUGUUGGAUGAGGAAUGCAAGAUGCCUAAAGGUACAGAUGACACUUGGGCCCAAAAAUUGUACAACACACACUUGAACAAAUGUGCACUCUUUGAAAAGCCCCGUCUAUCAAAUAAAGCUUUCAUCAUCCAACAUUUUGCUGACAAGGUGGAAUACCAAUGUGAAGGCUUUCUGGAAAAGAAUAAAGACACGGUUUUUGAAGAACAAAUUAAAGUUCUUAAAUCAAGCAAGUUUAAGAUGCUACUAGAAUUAUUUCAAGAUGAUGAGAAGGCCAUCAGUCCAACCUCAGCCACCUCUUCAGGGCGUGUGCCCCUCACCCGCACUCCUGCAAAGCCCACCAAAGGCAGACCAGGCCAGAUGGCCAAAGAACACAAGAAAACCGUGGGGCACCAGUUCCGAAACUCCCUCCACCUGCUUAUGGAGACCCUGAAUGCCACUACCCCUCACUAUGUGCGCUGUAUUAAACCUAAUGACUUCAAGUUCCCAUUCACGUUUGAUGAGAAGAGGGCAGUGCAGCAGCUGAGAGCGUGUGGUGUCCUGGAAACCAUCCGAAUCAGCGCAGCAGGUUUCCCCUCACGGUGGACUUACCAAGAAUUUUUCAGCCGCUACCGUGUCCUAAUGAAGCAAAAAGAUGUGCUGAGUGACAGAAAGCAAACAUGCAAGAAUGUAUUAGAGAAACUGAUACUGGACAAGGACAAAUACCAAUUUGGUAAGACAAAGAUCUUUUUCCGUGCGGGUCAAGUGGCCUAUCUAGAAAAGCUGAGGGCAGACAAGCUGAGAGCGGCCUGCAUCCGGAUUCAGAAGACGAUCCGAGGGUGGCUGCUGCGGAAGAAGUACCUGCGCAUGCGGAAGGCGGCCAUCACCGUGCAGAGAUAUGUGCGAGGCUACCAGGCCCGAGGCUAUGCUAAGUUCCUGCGCAGAACUAAGGCCGCAACCAUCAUUCAGAAGUACUGGCGCAUGUAUAUAGUUCGAAAGAGAUACAAGAUUAAACAAACUGCCACUAUUGUUCUUCAGUCUCAUUUGCGAGGCUACUUAGCCAGAAAUAGGUAUCGCAAGAUACUCCGUGAGCACAAAGCAGUGAUCAUUCAGAAGUGGGUCCGGGGCUGGCUGGCUCGCACCUACUACAAGAGGAGCAUGCAUGCCAUUAUCUACCUUCAGUGCUGCUUCCGGCGGAUGAUGGCCAAGCGUGAGCUGAAGAAGCUCAAGAUUGAGGCCCGAUCCGUGGAGCGCUAUAAGAAGCUCCACAUCGGCAUGGAGAACAAGAUCAUGCAGCUGCAGCGCAAAGUGGACGAGCAGAACAAAGACUACAAAUGCCUCAUGGAAAAACUGACCAAUCUGGAAGGAAUAUACAACUCCGAGACUGAGAAACUACGAAGUGACUUAGAACGUCUUCAACUAAGUGAGGAGGAAGCUAAAAUUGCUACUGGACGGGUCCUCAGUCUGCAGGAAGAAAUUGCCAAGCUCCGGAAAGACCUGGAACAAACUCAGUCAGAGAAAAAAUCCAUUGAAGAGUGUGCAGAUAGAUACAAACAAGAAACUGAGCAGCUGGUAUCAAAUCUGAAGGAAGAAAAUACUUUGUUGAAGCAGGAAAAGGAGGCCCUCAAUCAUCUUAUCGUGGAGCAGGCUAAGGAAAUGACAGAGACUAUGGAGAAGAAGUUAGUAGAAGAAACGAAACAACUGGAACUUGAUCUUAAUGAUGAAAGGCUGAGAUAUCAGAACCUUCUGAAUGAGUUCAGUCGCUUAGAAGAACGAUAUGAUGACCUCAAGGAAGAGAUGACUCUGAUGGUGAAUGUGCCUAAGCCUGGACACAGGAGAACAGACUCCACCCACAGCAGCAAUGAGUCUGAAUACCUCUUUAGCUCUGAAAUUGCAGAAACUGAAGACAUUCCAUUGAGGACAGAGGAGCCCAGCGAGAAGAAGGUGCCUCUGGACAUGUCAUUGUUCCUCAAGCUCCAGAAGCGGGUCACAGAGCUGGAGCAGGAGAAGCAGGUGAUGCAGGACGAGCUGGACCGCAAGGAGGAGCAGGUGCUGCGCAGCAAGGCCAAGGAAGAAGAACGACCACAAAUUAGAGGUGCAGAACUGGAAUAUGAGUCACUCAAGCGUCAAGAACUAGAAUCAGAAAACAAAAAACUGAAAAAUGAGCUAAAUGAGUUACGCAAGGCGCUUAGUGAGAAAAGUGCCCCAGAGGUGACUGCUCCAGGUGCACCAGCCUACCGUGUCCUCAUGGAGCAGCUGACCUCUGUGAGUGAGGAGCUCGAUGUCCGCAAGGAGGAGGUCCUCAUCUUGAGGUCUCAGCUGGUGAGCCAGAAAGAGGCCAUUCAACCCAAGAAUACAAUGACAGAUUCCACAAUACUUUUGGAAGAUGUACAAAAAAUGAAAGAUAAAGGCGAAAUAGCACAAGCAUAUAUUGGUUUGAAAGAAACAAACAGAUCACCUGCUAUGGAUUGCCAUGCGUUGAAUGAGGAUGGAGAGCUGUGGCUGGUUUAUGAAGGGUUAAAACAAGCUAACAGGCUCCUGGAAUCCCAGCUCCAGUCGCAGAAGAGGAGCCAUGAGAAUGAGGCCGAAGCCCUCCGCGGGGAGAUCCAGAGCCUGAAGGAGGAGAACAACCGGCAGCAGCAGCUGCUGGCCCAGAACCUGCAGCUGCCCCCGGAGGCCCGCAUCGAGGCCAGCCUGCAGCACGAGAUCACCCGGCUGACCAACGAAAACUUGGAUUUGAUGGAACAACUUGAAAAACAAGAUAAGACUGUCCGGAAACUGAAAAAACAACUGAAAGUAUUUGCCAAAAAAAUUGGUGAACUAGAAGUGGGCCAGAUGGAGAACAUAUCCCCAGGACAGAUCAUUGAUGAACCCAUCCGUCCAGUCAACAUUCCUAGGAAAGAAAAGGAUUUCCAAGGAAUGCUGGAAUACAAGAAGGAGGAUGAGCAAAAACUUGUUAAGAACCUGAUUCUGGAACUGAAGCCACGUGGUGUAGCAGUUAAUUUAAUUCCAGGGUUACCAGCAUAUAUCCUGUUUAUGUGUGUUCGACAUGCUGACUAUCUGAAUGAUGAUCAGAAAGUAAGGUCAUUGUUAACAUCGACAAUUAACAGCAUCAAAAAAGUAUUAAAGAAAAGAGGUGAUGAUUUUGAAACUGUCUCCUUCUGGCUCUCUAACACAUGCCGAUUUUUGCACUGUUUGAAGCAGUACAGUGGAGAAGAGGGCUUUAUGAAACACAACACAUCUCGCCAGAAUGAACACUGUCUCACCAAUUUUGACCUGGCUGAGUACCGGCAGGUGCUAAGUGACUUGGCCAUUCAGAUCUACCAGCAGCUUGUGCGGGUGUUAGAGAACAUCCUUCAGCCAAUGAUUGUCUCCGGCAUGCUGGAGCAUGAGACCAUUCAGGGCGUGUCAGGGGUGAAGCCCACAGGGCUAAGAAAGCGAACCUCCAGCAUCGCCGACGAGGGCACCUACACGCUGGACUCCAUCCUCCGGCAGCUCAACUCCUUCCACUCGGUCAUGUGUCAGCACGGCAUGGAUCCCGAACUAAUCAAGCAGGUGGUCAAGCAGAUGUUCUACAUCGUGGGGGCCAUCACCCUGAACAACCUCCUCCUGCGGAAGGAUAUGUGCUCCUGGAGUAAAGGCAUGCAGAUCAGGUACAAUGUCAGUCAGCUGGAAGAAUGGCUGCGUGACAAGAAUCUGAUGAACAGUGGGGCGAAAGAAACUCUGGAACCUCUCAUCCAGGCUGCUCAGCUUUUGCAAGUGAAAAAGAAAACAGAUGAUGAUGCAGAAGCCAUUUGUUCCAUGUGCAAUGCAUUAACUACUGCCCAGAUUGUCAAAGUGUUAAAUUUGUAUACUCCAGUUAAUGAGUUUGAAGAAAGAGUCUCUGUAUCAUUUAUUCGUACUAUACAGAUGCGUUUACGAGACAGGAAAGACUCUCCUCAGCUGCUCAUGGAUGCUAAACACAUUUUUCCUGUCACCUUUCCUUUUAACCCAUCCUCCCUCGCGCUAGAAACCAUCCAGAUUCCAGCCAGCCUGGGCCUGGGAUUCAUAUCACGGGUCUGAAAGUGAUGUCAAGGCAAACAGUGACCAUACAUCUCUUGCCUGAAAUAAGAACCCAUUAUUUCCAGUGAGCUACUGAAAACACAUUUUUAAAGAGAAAGUACUGAUUAUCUCCUAAACAAGGGGUUAUUAACUGGAAAUCUCCCUAGAAUACUUGCAACGCCUUGGAAAGAAAGAUAGUUCCUUUGUGCUGUGUUACCUGUAUAGCAAUGCUCAUCCUUGAUCAGUUAAGUAUCCCGAGUUUACAUGCAGGUGAAUGACAGAAGGAAGGAAAAAAAUGUGUCUUCAGAUCCCAGCAUCUAAAUAGUGUAAAAAUCAUAAAUUCCAGAUAUGAGCUGUUAUUAGGAAGGCACCAACAAAGAACCUCCUCUGCACUAACCAGAAGAAUGGAAAGAGAAAUCCCCGCGGAGUACAUAUCAGAUCAGUUUAGGUCUCAGUUAUGCUGAUAUUGUCAAACUGGAUCAAAGAAAUAAACUGGCAAUAUGUAAAGUAAUUGGUCAAGUAACUUCCUUAUAUGUGUCACUAUGAUAUAGGGAUAUUAAGAGAAUGUUGGUUUGCUGUAUAGCAUAGAAGUCCAUUUGUACUGUAGUUUACCGAGCAUUUUAAAUUGCUGCUACAUAUCGUGUUCUUUAAAAUGUAAGCGAUAUUCUUAUUAGGCACUACAACAAUAAGCUUCUCUUUUAUCAACUCUGUUUACAAUUCAAUCUGAUCACAGUUUUAACUGGAGUAUGUGCAAAUAUCUACAGAUUCACCUGCACAAGUAGCAGACACUGGGAAGUCAUGUAGUAAUAUGACAAAAUGCUUGACAUUUAGGGGUAGGAUUAGACAAAGUGGCUCUUGUUGGUGUCAUUAUUUAUUCAGGGUGUGUGACAUCGAUGUGCUCAUUAGUUUUCCCUGGGUGGCUGUCACAUCAGGGGACAGUGUUUUGUGAAGUGACUUAUUUUUAGUUCCCAGAUCUGUUGCCUGCAGUGCAUAUUUUCAACCUUGACAGGUUUUCUUUCUUCUUAAUUUAUUAAGAAUUAAUCUCAGUCACUAUCUAGAGAGGAUUGUCAGAAUAUUCAUGACUCAGGUGUUGAAACUUGAUUAUCCUAUAAGUUAUGCAAAAGAAGGUGUAUAGGAAAUAAUUAUGAUUCUGUUUUUUUAGGCUUUACAACUUCUAUAAAUGUUCUCAGUACCACUAGAUACGUUAAAAAGCAUCAUAUUAGAAAUACUUUUAAGAUUUGUAUAAGAAUUUAAGAAGAUUGCUGAAUUUUACAGAGAAUUUGGUUCAGUAAGACCCAGAUUCUAUAAGUUUUCAUUCUGAAAUUCUGAUUAAACAUAUUCUCCAUUUUUCUAGAAAUCUUAUACAAUAAAUCUUUCAAGUUGUGCAAAAGCAAGUUCUUAGUUUUCAUUAGAAACUCUGGAUCUGAAUUACAAUCAUAGAUUUAUAUAAUUUAUUAGUCUAUAAAAAUGACAUCUUAUUAAAAUAUGUGCAAUAUUAUUAAUGGAAAUCAGUUUCAAGUCAGUGAUAAAGAUUAUUAUUAAAAGAUAAACAGUCAACUUAUUUGGGCUUCAAAUUCCUCAUUUAUACAGUAAAAGGGUUGGACAACUGAUUCUUAAGGUCCCUUCCAUGUCUAAACUUCUCUCAGUACUUGGAUCCUAGAGAAACGAGCUGCAGUUACUCAGUAAGUGCACCCUCUGAAGGAAAGAUCAGUGUUUGGUGCCUGUUAAUUCUGAGGGAUUAAUAAAAUAUAAAAUCACAAGUUUGUGUGGCUAUAAGCUUUCUUAAAUGUACAUGAUUUACAUACAUGCAUUUAGAAAGUUAAUUAGUUUAAGUAAUUUUUAUUGAAUCAUAUACAGCUGUAUUCAGCUUGGAUACAUUUAUUUAUUUGCAAAACCAACCAAAAAUACUACUAAUUCAAUCAGAUUCUCUCAGUUUUCCCUGGUUGUCAGUGUGGUUUUCAAUGAACUCUUACAACCAUUUGGUUAGUACUGAAUCUGUCAGAGUCUAAGAGCAUAGAUGGGACUUGGCUUAGGGUGGGGGGAGGGGGUGUUGCUAAAAAAAACCCCACCGUGGUACAGGCUGUUCAUCUCAGACCCCAAAAUCCUCCCAGGCCCUCCCUAGCUUAGUCCUGUGUAGCUUGUCCCCCACACACCCUGAAUCUUGUCAGGACAUCAAGAUCACGCUGUAGCUCCCACGGCCACCGCAGCCCUUGAUCUUAGCCCCAGACAGCUGUCUCCUGAAGCGUCUCUGGUCUGGGCCUUUCUCUCUCUCCUGUCUCCUGUCUUUCUGCUAUCAAGUGCUGGAGCCUCUGUUGCACAAACUAGGCCAGAGUCUCUCCUGUUCAGGGAUGGCCACACAAAGAUUAUGCUAUUCCAGGGCUCCAACUUCCUCCAAGGCCUACCCAGAACCCCAGGUGGGGAUCUGAAUUAACUUCUCUUAGCAGUCUGAAGAUCUUUAGUCAUACCAAGAAUACCUUACAACCAGGGAACCCCAAGACCUGAUAAAUGACGUGUGUCUGACUUUCUUGAGGAUGCAACAGUAUUGGGUAUCCUUUGGCCACUUUGAGGACUGCUCACCUUCCCACUGUCCACCCAUACUUUGUCACUCAGCUUCAAACACACCUCCAGCAGCCUUCCACCUCCCCAUUUAUCUGUUCUCUCUCCCCCUUCCCUCAGCUGAACCAUAGAUCCCAUGGCCCUGACUGCGCUGAAGGCAGCGGAUGGAGUCAGUCCUCAGUUGCCCCCGCUGACUGCCUGGUGGCUUACCUUGUGCCAGUCUUUGCACAAGUCUUGUUAUUCUCACUUCUCUGCAGUACAUUCUUUAACAUGAUCAUGAAUUUGCUUUUUCAUAAUUCCUCUCUGACACACAAUAGGAAUUCAAAGAAAGAUCUUGCAAGAACAACAGGUCAUUGUCUCAAUAGCCCCUUCUCAAUAGUCUCCUCCCCACUCACCGUACAUACAGACUCAGCUCACACUGUGGAAUGCAAAGCUGAAAAAUUAGAAGCAAUUUCCCUUCUUGUAGCUUUUCUUAGGUUAAGGCUUUGAUCUGCCUGAGAGUAUCUAUAAAGAAGGGGAAGAUAAAUAUGGGAUAAGAUCCACGAAGUGUAGCUUCAUGAUUCCUUUGGAAAUUUUGAAAAUCCCCCAUGUACCUGCCACUUCUUUUGUCAAGUGCAAAGGUACAAAAAUAUAUAUUACAAAGCCAACUUUGUAGGAGAUUUGGGGGUUUGAAUCAGUUUGUAGGAUUUGCUUUAUUUCCUUCAUUUCAGUGGAUAAUUGAGAGUUGACUUUCUGGAUGAGUAUGUGUAAAAUAGAUCAAAUCUUUCAAUAACACAGUGGGGGAGGCUAUAAAAAGACUUUAUUAGGAUUUCAGUAUAGUCACUGUUGUGAGAAAUUACUUUCCUGGUAAUGCUAGGUAAAGGGGCCCUGGCUGCUGCCCUAAGUCCUCACACAUAUUCUCUCUCUCUCUCACACACACACAUGCACACACACAGUCGCUAGUUUGUAGAGUUCCCCAGGAGGCAUAAUCAAGGCUCCUCGGGGUAACUUUAACUGUUCAGGAUAAAACAGAAAGCAAAAGUUAGUGUGUGACCCUCAAACUCUCCUGUUGAAAGCAGUGCAGAAACAGUCCCUUGUGUCUGGCUCUGCUUCCCUUCAGCAGUACUGGGAGGUAGAAAGGGGAGCUCCUGCAAUCGUUUGUGAUGAUAAUUUGAGAGACAAGGUCAGUGACUGGCCUGAGGUCGCCAGGCCUCCAGCCUGCAGCUUUUCCCCAGGCAGCAGUGACAGUGAGGGCAGAUCCCAGGCAGGAGACUUUAAAAAGUCGUGAGGUUCCCUUCUGUUCCUCCUAGUGCUCGUGGGGUGUCCCAGGUCAGCAAAAGGAGAGCUUUUUCCUUAUCAGAGUUGGCAACUGGCAUGUGGGGACUGAGCAAGUGCCCAGUACCCAGUUCUCGGUGCUACGAGAGGAAGCGCCCAGAGCCCGGUGGUUUUCUCUUUGUCAUAGUCACCCGCUAUGACUAGGUUUGACUUUUGUAAUGAAUCAGUGCUCCCUGGAGGGUGCAAUGCUCUAUGUUUAGGUCAUUAAUUAGUAGCAGGCUGUCUCAGCCUGAUGGGAAGCAGUGAAAGCCUCCUUAAGUUAAGAGGAAGGUCAAAACAGACACCCCUCACAGUCGCUGUGAGAGCCACUAGGUGAGCUGUGCAGCCUGCGGAGAUCUUGCAGCUGCAGACCAACCCCCGGGUCCCUUCUGCGGGCUGUCCCCUAGGCAGGCCAUACACAAGUCAGUGUGUGUUUGAACAUUACAGUGUGUGCAUGCUGCCGGUGUUUACUUUGGAGCUAGGAGUGUGUUGUGUGCAUGCAUGCUAGAGAGGCUGUGUAUUGCUGUGGCCUCUGUUCAUGGGUAAGUGCAUUGUAAUUUCUGCUCAGGCUGUGCCAUGAGGGCCGCCUUAACCCCUGCUCCCUUCCCUCCUAGAGCUGCCUUAAGUUCUCUGGAACUUUUCCUUUGCAAGAGGACAUCUUGCCUGGAGAGGAUAUCUGCCCUGUUUCUCAAGGUUUUGUGAGGGUUCUGGUUGGGUGUGGCCUCCAACCAUCAAUUCCUUUCUCCCCUUCCUGCAUGACCCUCUCCUUCCUGUUACUUCUCCUUCCUUUUUUUUCUGUUAUUUCCAAACAGGUAUUAGAACUCUGAGGCAGCAGUGAUCUCAGAGGCAGUGAAAUGUGGGCCUAGAGAGUCUUCCUGAGUUUGGGGGGCUCUGUGUCACAAGUAAGCAAAUGAACAUAUGGAGGAAAUACAGAGAUAAGUUAGAUUCUUGGUAAUACUUAAGUGGCUUCUUUUCCACUGAACUUUUCUUAAUAAAAGUAAAGGGUACAACAGUAAAAUCUUUCAUGGACAGUCUUUAAAAAAUUUUUUUUUAAGAAUCCUGUACUGUAAAAGAUUGAGUGAAAACAGGAAAGAGUGCUGUAAAUUCUAAUCCAUUGUAUUACCGUAAAUUAAGUAAACUUGGAGUUACAGUAGAUUUCUCAGUAGGUCAGGAACUGAAAAGUACUAUGUAAAAUAUCUGCCAAAAUGCAUUUUAUACAUUUUUUUAUUUUAUAAUUUGGUCUAGCUAAAUAAAACAUUCAUUAGCUUAAUUUAAUGGGUGUUAUUAGAUUCAUAAAAUGUCUGAAAAUGACUAACAUUUCCUUAAUAUUGUAACAUUGCUUGAAAUAUUUGAAAGAAAAAUGUUUGUUGAAUUGAAACUGGUAUGUAUAAUUCAAUGCCUGGUAGGUUAGUACAUUUUCAUGCAUUUUUCGGAGUCAACAGUUUCAAAUAUCUUAUUGUUACCAUAUGUUAUAAAAUUUUAGCCUACAUUUCAGGCUCUCUAAAUCACUUGAGCCAUUUAAUUUUUUCCAACAAAUGGUGAAUUUUUCCCUUCGAUGUGGAUAUGUGUGCUGUAAUUUACGAUUCCUUGUUAUGUAUUUUUGUGGAAUCCUGAAGUAACGUUGACUUUUUUGUGUCCUUGGAAAAUUUAAAUUGCUCUAACAGUGUUGCACAGAAAUGAGAUCACGACAUUUAACAAGUUGUAUUUUAAUUAUUAACUUUGUUAAUUUACUGUUAAAUGGAUAUGGCUUUUAACUACAAUGAAAUGGAACAUUGCAGUUUUCCAAAUAUUUUUCAUUGUUGGAUCUAGAAAAGGAAUUCUACCUUGAUCUACAUAGAAAAACAUGAUAUAGUUAAUCUUUGAAAAGUUCUUAGAAUAUUCAUCCAUUAAAAAGGAAGCAGAAGUAGUGAGAAGUGAAAGGCAUUACCAACCAACUCUAGUUUUAACUGAACCCAUCCCAGCAUAUCUCACGUGAAAUUUUUAAAAAUAAGUUAAUAAUUCACCUCAUAUCAACAACAGCCUUUGAAACAUGGGUUUUCACUAGAUAUCACCUAGUGCUAAGAUGAAAACCAAAACAAAUCAGGUUGACAUUUCCGCUCUAAAUUUGUAGUUGUCUAAUGUUGUACUUAGUAAAUGUGCAUCAUUAAUGCUAUACUCUCCUAGCUAUUAUAGAAAAUUGUUCAAAUAAAGUUAUGGAUAUAAAGGAUUUUUGUUGAUGUCUUAUGAAUAAACCCACAGCACAUGGAACAUGGAACAUACACCAACAUAGACCACAUUCUGGGCUAUAAAACACACCUUUAAAAUUUAAAAGAAUAGAAAUCAUAUAAUGUAUGCUCUCAGGUGACAAUAGCAUUAAACUAGAAAUCAAUGACAGAAAAAUAGCUGGAAAAUCCCAAAAUACUUAGAGAUUAAACAACACACUUCUAAAUAGCACAUGGAUCAAAGAAGAAAUCUCAAGAGAAAUUUUAAAAUAUUUUGAAGUAAACGAAAAUACAACAUCAAAAUUUGUGGGAUGCAGUGAAAGUAGUACUUAGAGGGAAAUUUAUAGCAUUGAAUGCAUAUAUUAGAAAAGAAGAAAGACCUAAAAUCAAUAAUCUAAGCUUCCACUUUAGGAAACUAAGAAAAGAAAAUUAAAUGCAAAGUAAGCAGAAGAAAAAAAAUAAUAAAAAUUAGAGCAGAAAUCAAUGAAACCGAGGACAGGAAAUCAAUGGAGAAAAUCAAUGAAACCAAAAGCUUGUUCUUUGGAAAGAUCAAUAAAAUUGAUAAGCCUCUAGCCAGGCUAACUAAGAAAAAAAGAGAGAUGACAUAUAGUAAAUUAGUGGUUGCUUAGGGCUGAGGAA